CCUCACCUGCUCUCAAGAACAUUCACUCUACAUGGCUUUGCCAGAUCACAACAUGGAAGUGUCUGGAGAUUUACCUUUUUGGGGAGAGGUAUCACCUUGUUGUUUCCUUACCAUAAGAGUGAUCAGGGCAAGGAAUCUUCGGAAAGCAGAUAUGUUAAGCCCUCCUGACUGCUACUUGAAGCUGCAACUGCCAGCUGCUUCUUCUGCACAGUACCAAACAAAGACCAUUCACAACUGCAAAGACCCUGUCUGGAAUGAAACCUUUCAUUUCAUGGUGCAGUCCAAAGUAAAGAAUGUGUUGGAGCUGAGUAUUCAUGAUGACGAUGUCUGUCAAGAUGACCAUCUUUUCACUGUACGCUUUGAUAUAGCAAAACUCCCACUGAAUGAAAAAGUGCUCAUGAAUUUUAAUUGCGACAAAAAGGAAAACGAGGAGCUGGAAUUAGAAUUUGAGUUACUGCAUAGAUCAAGAUUUUCUGAAAUAGUCAUUACAAAUGGAGUUCUUCUGUCUCGACAAGUCCGCUGUUUGGAGGUCGAGGUGGAGAAGAAAAAGGCGCGAAACUCAAGUAAUAUUACUUUUUCUGGGCCAUGUUCUUAUAAUAAAGAAGAAAAAUCUGUAAAAGUGGAAGUAAAUUCAAUUCCUCAGAACAAGAAACUAGUAUUAGCUGAGAAUAAGAAAUUUGCUUUGCAUGUGAAGACAGAAGACUGUAAGACCAAUCUUGACCUCCGCUUGGGAUAUGACCUUUGUUCACAAGAGCAAGAUUUUUUACACAAAAGAAAGAACAUUGUCACUAGUGCCUUGAAGAAGGUUCUCAAACUAGAAAAGGACCUGCAGGACCAUGAGGUGCCGGUAGUUGCAAUCAUGACAACAGGGGGCAGUAUGCGGUCACUGACUGCAUGCUUUGGAAGUCUCCGAGGUCUUCAGAAGCUUAAUCUCCUAGACUGUGCUACAUACAUGAGUGGAUUGUCGGGCACAACCUGGAUCAUGGCAAAGUUGUACAAAGAUGCGCACUGGUCAAGAAAGAAUCUAGAUGAAAAAAUCAAUGAGGCUAAAAGACAUGUAACUAAGAGCAAACUGAAUGGUUUUUCCAUGGAGCGUUUGAAGUAUUACAACAGGCAAUUGCGACAUCGGAAACAAGAAGGACAAAAAAUAUCCUCCAUAGAUCUGUGGGGUCUCCUUAUUGAAUAUACAUUGAAUGACGGGAAAGACAACCAUAAACUUUCUGAUCAACAACAAGCAGUGAAUGAGGGGCAGAAUCCUUUCCCUAUUUACACUGCCAUCAAUGUAAAGGAGAAGUACAGCUGUAUCGAUUUCAAGGAAUGGAUGGAAUUCACACCUUAUGAAGUGGGAAUACUAAAAUACGGAGCUUUUGUUCGGACUGAAGAUUUUGGUAGUGAAUUCUUUAUGGGGCAUCUAAUGAAAAAGCUACCAGAGACUCGGAUGUCUUAUUUGCAAGGCAUGUGGAGCAGCUUAUUUUCCUUUAAUCUGCUGUAUAUCUGGAAUAUAAGUCACAGUUCCGAGGAUUUUUGGCACAAAUGGACUCAAGAUCAAAUUGUAAAUAUUGAUGAAGAGCCUCAUUUAACUAUGGAAACACAUGAGCAGAAGACACAUCUCUACACCCCAGCUGGACCGCUAUCCUAUGCUUUUAGAGAUGUCCUAACAGAUCGCUUAUCAGUUGCCCAAUACCACAAUUUCAUCAAAGGUCUCCAGCUAGACAAUCGUUACCUUGAGAAUGAAAACUUCUGUAGAUGGAAAGACACUGUACUGGACUCUUCUUCACCCAACCAGUUAACACAAACAGAAGAAUAUUUGUCUCUGGAAGAUACUGGAUUCUUCAUCAACACCAGCUCUGCUCCUCUGCUGAGACCAGAAAGAAAAGUGGAUGUUAUCCUACAUUUAAAUUACAGUGCAGGACCACAGUCACGGCCCCUGCAGCAAUCAUGCAACUACUAUGCAGCUCAAGGAAUCCCAUUUCCCAAAGCUGUCCUGAAGGAUGAUGACAAACAUCUGAAGGAAUGCUAUUUAUUUGAAGAUGCUGAGAAUCCAGCAGCACCAAUAUUAUUGUUUUUCCCACAAGUUAAUGAUACUUUUCGCUACUAUAAAGCCCCAGGUGUCAAACGCUCUGAGUCAGAAAUGAAAUAUGGUGAGGUUGACAUCUCCAGUAACAGCACUCCAUAUUCAACAUACUCAAUGACAUUCACUGAGGAAGAAUAUGAUCAGCUGAUAGAACUGAGUGAAUACAAUGUUCUAAAUAACCAACAUCUGAUCCUGCAGGCACUGGAUAGGGCAGUGGAACGGAAAAAACAUCCUUAAGAAAUAAUCAAUUUCUCUGUGUCCCUGUGCAGAAUGUGAGGUGGAAUAGAAUAGAACAGAAUAGAAUCCUUUAUUGGCCAAGUGUGAUUGGAUACAUGUAGUUGUGCAUAUGUUAAGAAUUCAGGAAUCUAAGCCAACUCCAUUUUGACUCCAACAAGAAACUGCCUGAGGUCCUCCUUUCCUACUUUUUUUCAGGAAUAGUUAGUGGUGCAAGUCAAUGUAUCAGACUUCUACAAACAAGAAUCUGUCUGAUCAAUUUCCUUAUUUUGAGGUAUCAUUAGUAUAAUACUGUGCUCUUUAUGAUGUAGAUACCAGUUCUGAGCUUUAUGUCUAAGUUUGUUGCUACCAUGGGGUAAAUUAGAAGCUGUCUUCAAUAAUCACUCUUGAUGCUUAUAGCACAUUACUCAGAUAUAAGACACCCUUCAUCUGAAAUGGAAAUUCAGAAAAAGUUAUUUAUACUACCAAGUUUCAAAGAUCAAGGACAUCUGAUUAACAGCAUGCUACACAAUUAUCCAUCCUAUGUGAUACACAAUUUUUUUUUUUAAUUUGAUUUAUAUGCCGCCCUUCUCCGGAGACUCAGGGCGGCUUACAAUGCAUUAAGCAAUAGCCUUCAUACUUUUGUAUAUUUAUACAAAGUCAUCUUAUUGCCCCCACAAACUGGGUCCUCAAUUACUAGAAAGGUAAGAUAUUAAAUGUUUUUAU